AAUGUAAAUAGUAUACAAACAAAAUGCCUUAACAUCAAAACAGAUGAUGACCUUAUUUCUCUGAGAAAUAUAAAAUUAAAAAAUCAAAAUCGAAUGAUCAAACCAAAUAAAUAAACGAAGAAAUUUUCAAAGCUACCAACAAAAACAAAUGUUACUUCAAAUAUCUGAGGAAGAUGUAUCCAUGUCCUUGUCUCUGAGUUAUCACUUGUCUUGAAUGUUAAAACGCUAGCCUUUUUUCGUUCCAAACGACAGAAGCCUUAACCUGACUUGUGCUAACGACGACCUUAUCCAACAAACCCAAACAGCAGUUUACAGAUUUCUGGGUAUCGAGCCAAAGAUCCUUUACAAUCCUUCACCUGGACACACUUUGUCCAGCAAAACAACAAUCGAUCAGCAGGAGAGAUGUCAUGCUUAAAGCAUCUCUGGGAAGAUGUUGUGACUCAAUUUUCGGUGCUGCUGCAAAUGCCUAAUUCUAUAUCUUUUGCAGAAAUUUUAAGUUACACAGCUUGCAGACAGUUAUCUCAGAUGUUCUUGGCAGUAGCCUUCUUUCAUAGUUCAGAAUACAUCCUAGCAGUUUCCAUUCAUGGGAGAUCAAAUGUUACUCUCAAGUCACUUCUAAUUAGCAAAAAUUAUCUUCUUGCAAUGAUCUUUUCUUUGCUGGAGUAUUUCCUUGAAAUUUUUCUAUUCCCUGGGCUGAAGGAACACUGGUGGAUAAGUGACACAGGUCUUGCAAUGGUGGUAAUAGGGGAGAUUAUAAGAAAAUUGGCAAUAAUAACUGCUGGUCGAGCCUUCACACAUCUUAUCAAGGUUUAUCACGAGGAGCAUCAUCAACUAAUUACUUAUGGAGUCUAUAGAUUUAUCCGUCAUCCAGGGUACUCUGGUUUCCUCAUUUGGUCAGUUGGCACUCAGAUAAUGCUCUGUAAUCCCGUAUCCACAAUUGCUUUUGCAAUUAUUGUUUGGAAAUUCUUUUCGGAAAGAAUACCUUACGAAGAGUAUUUCUUGAAGCAGUUUUUUGGGUCAGACUAUGAGGAGUAUGCAGGUCGGGUCCCUUCUGGGGUGCCAUUUGUAAAAUGAAGAUUUAUGAACUCUUAAAAUGGCUGGCUGGCUUUGUCUUUCCAUAAGCGUUUUGAGUAGGGAUUUGUUUCUAGUUUUGAGAUUGAAAAGAUUAGCCGCUAACUAGAUCGAGUGAGCUUUUCGCCUUUUCUUAAUAUUGCUGCCUCUGAAUUUACUUUUAGUUGUAGAUUUUUAACAUGCGUAGGAUCAUAAUCUUUAAUCCUGGAGGGAGAAGCAUAUAAGGGCUAGGUGGGAAUUGGCUCUUUAAAUGGAAUACUGGAUUUACUUGGGUGUCAUAUUCAGGCUUUUCAAGACUGAUUUUAAAUUCUGAACUUGCAUUUUCUGUGCUACUAACUUCAUCCAUGCGACUGUGAAAACUUUCAAAUAUAUGAAGUUGGACUUCUCAUUCUUGUUACCGGAGGAUGAAGUGUCGUUCUUAUGGUAAUACUGUUCAUGAUGCAAUGUGAUAUUAACAUUUUUCAUUCUGUUUGUAAUGCUGCAAUAAGCCUCUAAUUUCUGCCAAAUUAGAAUUUGCACAGAAUAAAAAAAGCUGUUGAUGGCCUUACUACUUAUCACAAGCUAAUCUAUGUGCACUGGAAUUUGGGAGUUACCAAUGUCAUCGCCAGGAGAGAGAGAUAAGGUCAAACUCAGAUAAAUUAGCACAAGUAGUUGCUGUUGCAACAAUGGAGAUGAGCUUGUGUUUUAAACAAAAUGAACUUCGUG